AGGCAAGCAAUUCUCGCGAUAACAACAACCACAACAACAACAACAACAACAACAACAACAAUAACAACAACGCGUAUCCAGCUCUUUCUGUUAGAAUGGCUACCUUCAAGUCUCUCGAUAAUCUAGACCAAUACACAGUUGGCUGGAUUGCCGCUUUACCAAUAGAACGAGCAGCUGCGACCGCCAUGCUCGAUGAGCUACACAAGAAGCCUCUCAACUUCACCCAGCCAUCAAACGACAAAAACUCAUACACCUGGGGACGAAUUGCAGAGCAUAAUGUCGUCAUCGCAUCGCUGCCUGCAGGAGUCUAUGGAACAACUUCUGCUGCGGCAACUGCGAUGAGCAUGCUCUCCUCGUUUCCCCAGAUUCGUAUCGGCCUUAUGGUGGGCAUCGGAGCGGGAAUUUCACGACCAGACGAAGACCUCGAUAUCCGCCUUGGCGACAUUGCCGUCAGUCAGCCAUCGGGGGCGAGCGGUGGCGUCGUCCAAUACGACUUUGGAAAGGCCAAGACGGGCGAUCAGUUCGAGCGCAUUGGUUUCUUAAAUUCACCUCCACAGGCUCUUCUCAAUGCACUAGCCAGUCUUCAGGCCCAGGCUGAGAUCGAUGGCUCUAGGGUUCCAAAGAUCCUGGAAGAAAUGCUCAAAAAGCACCCCGAACUAGCAAAAGCCAAGCUAAGAAAACCUAGCUACACGUACCAGGGGCAAGAGCACGACAAGCUAUUCAAAUCAACGUACAUCCACACUCAGGGCAAAAAUUGUGACAACUGCGACCCAGAGCAGGAGGUCAAACGCGAUGAGCGCGAGGUCUACAGUCCAGAGAUCCACUACGGCCUGAUCGUCUCCGGAAACACUUUAGUUAAGGAUGCUAGCACCAGGGAUCUAAUCGUAAAGGAACUCGGCGACGACUGUAUUUGUUUCGAGAUGGAAGCAGCCGGCCUCAUGAACAACUUCCCUUGUCUUGUCAUUAGAGGAAUUUGUGACUACGCCGAUUCUCACAAGAACGAUCGCUGGCAAAGGUAUGCUGCUGCAACGGCUGCGGCGUACGCGAAAGAGUUUCUCGGUGUUAUUCAAGGAGAAGAUGUCGAAAGAACGCAGAGGGCUACCGACGCCCUAAAAGAUAUUGCGAAAAAUGUGACGGACAUCCGAGAUAUAGCGCACGAGACCAAGUCUGGUGUAGAUUUGCUAUCCCGAGAUGGCCAUCAGCAGAAGGUGCAUGCAUGGCUGUCCCCCUCAGACCCGUCAACAAAUUACAACAAAGCUCUACAGCAACGCCACCAGGGCUCAGGCCAGUGGUUCCUCCAAAGUCCAAGAUAUUCGGCAUGGAAAACGGAGCGAAACUCCUUCUUAUGGCUCUACGGAAUUCCUGGAUGCGGCAAGACAAUUCUAAGCUCUACCAUUGUUGAAAACUUGGAAACAGGAGGCGUCUCUCACAAGCUCCUCUACUUUUACUUCGAUUUCAGCGAUAACCAGAAGCAGUCUCUCGAGAAUGCAGUUCACUCGCUUAUAAUCCAGCUAUACGGCAAAAACGCCGACACUCAAAGGCACCUGGACUCUCUCUACUCCUCCUGCGAAAGUGGAAAGCGGCGGCCAACCCUCGAAUCGCUAUGCAAGGUGUUCCAGGAAAUGAUCCAGCAAGUUGGCGAAGUCUGGAUUGUCCUUGAUGCGCUUGACGAAUGUCGGACACGGAGAGAAUAUUCGAAUACAGGGCUACUGCCGUGGUUAGAGUGCCUUCUAAACUCCCAGCAGAUGAAUGUUCACCUUCUUGUGACAAGCCGUCCAGAGCAAGACAUUCAGUCGGUUAUUGAGAAAUGGGCCCAUAUUCAGGACAUAGUCCCUAUCCAGGGAGACUUGGUCGCGGAGGAUAUCCGUGGAUAUGUCCAAAAAAGGGUAAGGCAUCACGAGGGCCUAAGCAGGUGGCAGCAGCGGCCAAAGGUUCAAGCUGAGAUUGAAGCCGCUCUAAUUGAGAAGGCUAAUGGAAUGUUCCGCUGGGUUUCGUGUCAACUCGAUGCCCUCGAAAACUGCCUCGAUUAUCCAACUUUGAAAACAGCACUUGGAUCCCUACCGAAGACAUUAGACGAGACAUACGCUCGGAUCCUGAAGAGCAUACCAGAGGAGCAUAAGCACCAUACAAUCCGAAUCCUGCAAUUUCUGGCCUUCUCCGAGCGACCGCUACAGAUUAACGAAGCUAUUGAUGCAAUUGCGGUACAAACCAGAAGCAAGCCUCGGUUCGAUCCGGAAAACAGGAUGCCAGUCCCAAAAGAGAUUUCAAGGUACUGUUCCAGCUUAGUGGCUGUUGUGAGCAAAAAAGAUGGUGCUCAUAAUGAUGACAACUUCUACAACAACAACGAUGAUAAGAAAAUGACAGGAACGCAAAUACAGCUUGCCCACUUCUCUGUCAAGGAAUAUCUAACUUCAAGCCGUCUAGAGAAACAUAUCGCUGAGGAACUACAAGAGACCGCUGCGAGGGCCUCUAUUGCAGAAGUCUGCCUUGCAUACUUAUUAGAGUUGAAGCAGGAUCUUCUAGCGAAGGAGGUUAGACGGCAAUACCACCUAGCACAGUAUUCUGCUCGAUACUGGACUGGCCAUGCCCUUGCAGCCGAGACCUGCAGCGAAGCAAUCCAUAUACUUGAAAAGGAGUUCUUUUCUGAGAACUUCUAUAAAGCUGGCUAUCGAUUAUACAAUCCUGACCGACCGUGGGAUAAUAACAAUGAAAAAGAUCAAGAGCUACUACCUGCCUUAUACUACGCAUCGCUUGAAGGUCUAGUCGAUUCAGUCAAGAUGCUGCUCGACAAGGGUGCCGACGUCAACGCGCAGGGCGGUACGUACGGUAAUGCUCUCCAGGCUGCUUCUUCUUUAGGCCACGAGAAGAUCGUUCAGAUGCUACUCGACAAGGGUGCCGACGUUAACGCGCAGGGCGGUAGGUACGGUAAUACUCUCCAGGCCGCUUCUUUCGGGGGCCACGAGAAGAUCGUUCAGAUGCUACUCGAGAAGGAUGCCGACGUCAACGCGCAGGGCGGGGAGUACGAUAAUGCUCUCUACGCUGCUUCUUACUUGGGCUUCUUUCGGGGGCCACGAGAAGAUCGUUCAGAUGCUGCUCGACAAGGGUGCCGACGUUAACGCGCAGGACGGCGAGUACGGUAAUUGUUACGGGUUUCUAGCGCGUUCCUUGUAGUUCUUACCAGCAAGCGCUAGCUGACGGUUUGUCUUUGUUUGUUGUUUGCUAAUUGUUGUUUGUUCAUGUUUCUGAUGGUUUGUCUUAUUUGUUAUUUGUUAAUUGUGUGUAACGAGGCC